AUGAACGGCUCCAUCAUCGCCACACGACACCCUUUCCUCUCCCUCUCCGCAUACAAUAGACAAGACAGCAUGGCGCAAUCCAAAGAGUGGCAAAAAAUGCUACGCGGUGAGCUCUACUGGGCUUGGGACGAAGAUCUACAAGCAAACCGCACCCGAUGCAAGGAAGCUUGUGAUGAGUUCAAUGCUGCUGGGGCUGUUUCUCGGCGCCGAAAAGUAGAAUUAUGGCGGAACAUUCUCAUGGAUACUCGACCCAUGCCUCCAGUCCAUCCUGAUCCCAAGCAAGACGAAGCUCUAUUCGAAGAAACAGAUCCAUUUGUGGACGGACCAAUCUCCGUGGACCAUGGAUUGAAUUUCAAGGUCGGCAAGGGUACAUUUCUUAACUUCAAUCUUCUCGUGCUUGAUACGUGCCUGAUCAGCAUUGGAGAGAAUGUGCUCUUCGGACCGAAUGUUUGUAUCUAUGGCGCGACUCAUCCGAUGGAUCCUGCUGUGCGACGAGGACUGAAGGGACCCGAGGGGGGCAAAGAAGUUCAUAUUGAGGAUGAUGUUUGGAUUGGUGGGAGUGCUCUUAUCUUGGCUGGUGUUCGUAUUGGGAGGGGAAGUACUGUUGGAGCGGGAUCUGUGGUUACUAAGGUAAGUGGAAUGGAAUGGUCAUCUCUCUCAUUAAUGGAACUGAACUCAAGCUGA